CUUUUCUCCACCGCUCAGAUCCCACUUUUCUGCUCUCGAUCCUCUUUUCCCCUUCCGCACCUACGUCCAUGUGUUCUACCCCCCGCAAGGCUGCUUGAGAUGCAAGCUGCUGCAAGCAACCAUGGCCGGAUUCAUCUGCUUGGGCGGAGGCCAUGGACGGAUUCGAACUAUCCAUGGACGGAUUCAUCUGCUUGGGAGGAGGGGAUUCUUUUGCGCCAUGGGCGAGCUGCUAGCGGCGUCAACGGGGACAGCGGCGGCGGUGGUGGGCGGCAGCGGACGGUGAUUGUGGUAUGUUCAUCGAUAUUUUUGUUUUUUUGCUGGAACCAAUUUUGAUUUUUGCUGGAACCAUCUUUCGAUUUUGCUGCAACAGGGAAGGAUAGUUUUGGGCAGCGAGGGUGAUGGCCGCCAGGAUUUUUUGCUGCAUAGAAGUUUUGCUGGAACCAGCAUUUGACUUUGCUACAACCAACUAGGAUGGCGCUGGGACGGCGGUGGCCGGCGUGAUUUUUUUGCUGCAUUGAUAUUUCAAUUUUGCUGGAAACAUUUUCAAUUUUGCUGGAACCGUAUCAAAAAUUUGUUAAAACCAUGUUUAGUUUUUGCUGGAUCAUAACAUUGUUUACUAGAAACAAUUUUUAGCAUUUGCUGGAACCAUAUUGCUUUUCUGCUGGAACCAUAUCAUUUUUUGCUGGAACCAUAUUUUUUUUGUUUCAAACCGGCGACAUCCUGCUCUCCGUGUUUUUUUUGCUGGAACCACCUCUCUGUUUUGCUGGAAUCGGUGUCGAAGGGUGCUGGGACCGGCGAACUCAUGGUGGUGGAUCGCGAUGUCGCACGCCUGUCAACUACUACGACCGGCGACAACUAUUUUUUGCGACCUGUGUUGUGUUUGUUUGCUGGAACCAGCGGAUCCAGUUGCUGGAGUCGGUGAAGCAUUUUGCUGCAACGACGAAAUCAAUGGUGCCGGACUGCGGCGGCGUUUUUGCUGGAACGAAGCCGUCGACGACGAGGCGGAGAGCAAGACUCCGGCAGAUGCGAGGGUGGGGGCAGGGAUGGAGGGAUUUUGGUGAUCUGGGCCGCGUCCUUUUUUUUCUUUUUUCUCUCGUGUGUGUUUGGAUGCGAGAUGUGGGGGACAAAACGUUCAUGAUCUGAUGGCUGGCAGUUAGCGCAGCGGACGCACAGGAUGCGACCGGCCGAAACUUUCGGCCGGCGCGCCGGCGCCUAUAAGCGCCAAAAAAAAAGUUAUUGAAAUCCGUGCAUAAUUACCAACGUUUUAGCCGAAAGAAGGCUGCUACUUACUGUACAUGCACGGUGGUGGCAUGCUCCUUUAACCCAGGCGCAUCACAGGCCGUAUGUUAAUCCAAGUGCAUUGAACGGACAACAGUGAUUGAAAGAAAACUGUUUUUUAAGGCAACUUGCACAUAGGGUGUCCCAUUCAGAUUGCUAGUUUCUGUUCAAAACAAGCAGCCAAAACCCCGCUGCUAGCACUGCAAGUGCACCGCAAUAUUAGGAUCUGAUACCGUGAUAUCGAAGUUUGACCACACAUCCAAGUAUAUACUACAUAUUUUUUUCUUCUCUGAACUCUGACGAUCAUUGACAUGUCCCGUCCAAGUGCAUCGUGAUAUCGUAGUUUGAACACCCAUGUGGCGGUUGUCCGCCAACACGCUGUUCCGGAUGACCUGCCCACGUUUUCUGCUAAUAAGCAAGGAGUGAAGCAACAUUACUUCUUUCAGCACUCAAGCAGCCACUCAAUCAGAGUAUCAGUUUUCGUUCACACAUAGUAUAACAUAUUCCACAGGCCGCCGGCCACCGGCAGCUCGUAUUUGAGCGGCCGAUUCCAAAGCAAAGAGAUCAUAGGAGAGGUGAUGAGGAGGCGCUCGGUCGCUCUACUCCUCCUUGUCGCGGCCACCUACCUCCCUGUAUCGAUCGCCACCGACACCAUCGACCUGACCGCGUCCAUCGCCGGCAACCAGACGCUGCUGUCCGCCCGUGGAGCAUUCAGGUUAGGCUUCUUCAGCCCGCCCGGCAGCCCCGCCGGCAGGACCUACAUCGGCAUUUGGUACGCACGCAUCCCAGUACAGACCGUCGUGUGGGUCGCCAACCGCCAGAACCCGGUCGUCCAAUCCCCGGGCGUCCUCAAGCUCUCCCCCGACGGCCGCCUUGUCAUCGUCGACGGCCAGAACACUACCGUUUGGUCCUCCUCGGCGCCCACCGGAGACGUGACCACCAAGGCCACGGCUCAGCUUCUCGACAGCGGCAACUUGGUCGUGAGCUCCGAUGGAAGUGGAUCGAGCCAGAGCGUGGCAUGGCAGAGCUUCGACUACCCGACGGAUACGCAGCUCCCGGGCAUGAAGGUCGGGGUGGAUCACAGGAGUGGCUUCGCCUGGAACAUGACGUCGUGGAGCAGCCCCGCCGACCCCUCCCCGGGGCAGUACACGGUCAAGCUGAUCACCGGCGGACUGCCUGAGUUCUUCCUCUUCCGCGGCCCGGCGAAGAUCUUCACGACCGGGCCAUGGAACGGCGUGGUGCUCACCGGCGUGCCGGAGCUCAAGACCGAGGCGUACACAUUCGUGCUCGUGUCAAACCCCAACGAGACGUACAGCACCUACUACAUCAGCUCCCCGUCUCUGCUGACGCGGCUCGUCGUGGAAGGCUCGACGGGGCUGCUGCAGCGGUACGUGUGGGCCGACGGCGCGUGGAACAACUUCUGGUACCACCCGACCGACCCGUGCGACAGCUACGCCAGGUGCGGCCCUUUCGGUUUCGCCUACUGCGACACCGCGCAUUCGCCGGAGUGUAGCUGCUUGCCGGGGUUCCAGCCGCGGUCACGGAAGUGGAGCUUCAGGGACGGCUCCGGCGGCUGCAUCAGGAAGACCAAGUUGAGCUGCGGGGACGGCGACGGCUUCUGGCCAGUGAACAAUAUGAAGCUGCCGGAGGCGACUAACGCGACGGUGCACGCCGACAUGACGCUGGACGAGUGCAGACAGUUGUGCCUGGCCAACUGCAGCUGCAGAGCCUACUCCGCCGCGAACAUCAGCGGGGGCGUCAACCGCGGGUGCGUCAUUUGGGCCACCGAUCUGCUUAACAUGCGGCAGUAUCCGGCGGUCGUGCAGGACCUGUACAUCCGGCUCGCGCAGUCAGAUGUGGAUGCCUUGAACGUCUCAGCUGCAGGUAAGCGCCGACGCACCUUGGUGAUCGCCGUCGCCGCGGCUAUUUCCGGCGCGCUUCUUCUGGCAGCCGCUGGCUGCUUAUGUUUCUGGAGAUGCAAGGCGAGGAGGAAGCGUCAGCUUCAGGCGCCAGGCAGUGGAGACAAUGUGCUUCCAUUCAGGACCAGAAAACACCCUGAUUUGAGCCCAGCAAGGGAGGACGAUGAGAACAAGAUGAGCUGUGGCGAAGACGAUCUCGACCUUCCGUUGUUCGAUCUCGCCGUGAUCCUCGCCGCCACGGACAACUUCGCGGCGGAGAGCAAGCUUGGAGAAGGAGGAUUUGGCCCUGUCUAUUUGGGAAGGCUUGAGGAUGGGCAAGAAGUAGCUGUGAAGAGGUUGUCCAAGAAAUCAUCACAAGGUGUGGAGGAAUUCAAGAACGAGGUGAGGCUAAUCGCCAAGCUCCAGCACAGGAACCUGGUGAGGCUGCUCGGCUGCUGCAUCGACGACGAUGAGAGGCUGCUCGUGUACGAGUUCAUGCACAACAACAGCCUGGAUACCUUCAUAUUUGAUGAUGCAAAGCGUAAGUUGCUAGGAUGGAGCAAGCGCUUUGAGAUCAUUCUGGGGAUCGCGCGGGGUCUGCUCUAUCUCCACGAGGAUUCGAGGGUCAGGAUCAUCCACAGGGAUAUGAAAGCGAGCAACGUGCUGCUGGACAGGAACAUGGUCCCCAAGAUAUCGGACUUCGGCAUCGCGAGAAUGUUCGGAGGCGACCAGACAACGGCGUACACCCUGAAGGUCAUCGGGACAUACGGUUACAUGUCUCCGGAGUACGCCAUGGACGGCGUGUUCUCCGUCAAAUCCGACAUCUACAGCUUCGGCGUCAUGGUGCUGGAGAUCGUCACCGGCAAGAAAAUCCGAGGCUUCUACGACGCCGAGCUCGAUCUAAACCUCUGCGGCUAUGCGUGGAUGUUGUGGAAGGAAGGCAGGAGCACGGAGCUCCUGGACGAUGCGAUGGGCAGCAGCUGCGAUCACAGCCAGGUGCGGAGGUGCAUACAGGUUGCUCUCAUGUGCGUCGACGUGCAGCCUAGGAACAGGCCGAUGAUGUCCUCGGUUGUCAUGAUGCUGGCCGGCGAGAACGCCACGUUGCCGGAGCCAAAUGAGCCCGGCGUAAACCUGGGGAGGAACAGGACAGAUACAGGGUUUUCUGAAACUCAAAGUGAGUUCACUGUGACUACGACAGAUACAGCUCACAGCAAAAGUUAGUGGAAAUCUAUGAUACUCACUAUGGUAGUUUAGCUUGGGAUGGAAUACUAUACACAGGUUUCAGCAAAAGUUUUCUUUUUGUCACACCAUUACUUCGAUCCCUGGUGAAGUUUAACUAUGACACGCCUAGAGGAAAGAAAAGUAGUGUGUUCUAAUUUAUACAUUUUUUCGAGAGUACGCAAUUGUGUACCAAAUUUUUACAGAAGGAAUAAAUAGAUUUGCAAGAA